AUGUUGUCGAUGUUCACCGUCAUCGCGGCUCUAAUCGUCAUCUACUUUUCAUCGUACGGCUACGCUCUCCUUCGCAAUUACUUCAAUGCGAGGAAGUCAGGACUGCCAUACGUGUUCGUUCCCUGGGAUCAGGAUGGUUACUUCUGGAUGGCCGCCAGCGUCCCUUUGCAACCGUUUAUGCAGCGAUUCCUCCCGGAGUGGAUAUAUACUCGCCUGAGCUUGACGAUCUACGGACACGAAAUCCGAGAAAAGGUCACACCAUACGUCAAAUAUGCCACUCCUCAAGGCAACAAGGAUACUUUCGUGUUAUUGACCACCGGCAGAUACGAGGUCUCGACACGCGACCCAGAGAUCGCCAUCGACAUAUUGAAGCGUCCUCGAGAUUUUCUCACCCACGAGUUGACGGCGCUUUUCAUGAACCGCUUUGGUCCAAAUGUGCUCACGACCGAUCGGGAUACGUGGAGCCGGCAUCGUAAGAUUGUUGCCAGUACGGUUAAUGAAAAGAUAUCGAAAGUCGUGUUCCAGGAGAGUCUCAAGCAGACGGACGGCUUGAUCGACGAGGUCAUGAAUGGGAAAUCGAAAUGCGAGACCAACGGAAUGUUCGACAUGAUGAAGAAGAUAGCCAUCAAUGUCUUAAGUGGCGCGAGUAUGGGUGCCAGCGUGGAGUGGAACGACAAUGCCAAUGGAGAACCCCAGGACGGCUUCAAGCUUACUUAUAUCCAAGCCGUCAAGAUUCUCGUCCAGGCUGUUGCAGGACCCAUCAUCUUGCCGCAAUGGUUCUUGAGAAAUUACCCUAGAAAUGUUCCCGGCCACAAGUUUCUAGGAGAUUUAUCCCACGCCAUCGAUGAAUUCCCUGUUCAUACGAGGGACCUUCUUGAACAAGAGCGACAGCGCUCUGUAGCUGGCGAGACAACCAACAGUAUCAUGAGCCAACUGAUUGCAGCAUCGGAAGCAGAGAACAAAAGUGGACAAAGUCUUUCCGAGAGUGAGCAGAUCGGAAAUCUAUUCAUCUUUACAGUUGCUGGAUUUGACACUACUGCGAACACUCUUGCCUUUUCACUCGUCUUGCUUGCCAGAUAUCCCGAGUGGCAAGACUGGCUCUACGAGGAAAUCCGAGACAUCGUCCCAAACGACGGAGCUGAGAUGGACUACACGACAGUCUACCCAAAAGCAUCACGGGUCAUGGCUUGCAUGUUGGAGACGCUUCGUCUGUAUCCACCUCUCAGCCAUAUUGCCAGGCAAACAAAAGUCGAGCAAACCAUCCAAACUUCUACCGGGACGUACUACUUCCCAGCGAAAGCCGCAGUAUACGUCAAUAUCUACGCUCUCCAUCUUGAACCUUCGGUCUGGCGAAACAUCAAUCUAGCCGACGGGGAAGAGGCAAGCAACGACGAUGAAAAUCGUUUCCGUCCGUCUCGAUGGAUCGUGAAAUCAAAUGAUGGCUCGCAGAGUCUCCACCAGCCGCCUAAAGGAAUGUACAUCCCCUGGUCUGGAGGUCCUCGAGUUUGUCCCGGUCAAAAGAUGGCACAGGUGGAAUUCACAGCCAUCUUCCUGAAGCUGUUCAGCAAGUAUCGCGUCGAGGCUGUACCGAGGAAGUCGGAGAGCAGGAAAGAUCUCGAAAAGAGACUGGAAGGGAAGCUGGAAGAUGCUGGCCCCGUACUGGUUUUGCAGAUGAGAGGCGUCUAUGAUGUUGGUGAUGGAGAAGAGGAGGGCGUGCGAAUGAAAUUGUGUAAGCGUGUGUGA